AUGUGGAAGUGUGACGACAAGCAACAGUGUAUUAAUAGACUAAGAGUUUGUGAUGGUGGAGUCAAUUGCAUGGAUGGCUCCGACGAGAACCCGGAAACAUGUCAAGAUUACGCGUGUCAUCCUGGAAGUAUGCAGUGUUCAAACGGAAUCGGCUGUGUCCAAGAAUACUUCUUAUGUGAUGGUGAUUUCGAUUGUAAGGAUAAAUCAGACGAAUCGACACAUAUUUGCAAAGAUUACCCCUGUCCACCAGGAAAAUGGAAAUGUAAAGACAAUAGACUGUGGAUAAAUGAAGAAUUUGUUUGUGACGGUCAUAGCCAUUGCGCGGACGAGUCCGAUGAAAAUGAAGCUCAUUGCAGAGAGUACCAAUGUUACGGAAACAGAACUAAAUGUACCGAUGGAUUACAAUGUGUUUCACAAGAAUAUGCAUGUAGUUGUUGGACGCCCGGAUGUAAAGAUGGCAGUGGAUGCAGUGGCUUACCAUAUCCUUGUGCUCAUCGAGAUUGUUAUUCAAUUGGGCCUCCAUGGUUUGGAUUGAGUCCUGGACAAGGUCCACCGAAGCUUAGUUCUGUUGGUUAUCCAGGAUUUCGACCAUUACAUUGCCCUUGACUUCAAACUUAAACAUUAUAUUCAAAGAAUAGUUUGACAGAAAAUUAUAUCACUUAGCUGAAAGUAACUUUAUCUCUCUUACAUACUAAAUUAAGUAAUAUUAUUGAUUAAAAGCAAACACGUGAUAACAGUGUUUCA